GCAGUAUACUCGGGCGUGUCCGUGUACGAGCUAGAGGUCCACAAUGUUGCCGUGAUGCGUCGGCGCAGCGACGGUUGGCUCAAUGCUACGCAGAUCCUCAAGGUCGCCGGUGUCGACAAGGGAAAGCGGACGAAAGUACUUGAGAAGGAGAUUCUACCGGGCGAGCAUGAAAAGGUACAAGGAGGCUACGGCAAAUACCAAGGUACCUGGAUCAGCUAUCAGCGAGGCCGGGAGUUCUGCCGACAAUAUGGCGUCGAGGAUCUCUUGCGGCCAUUGCUCGAUUACGACGUCAGCGCAGAUGGUACCAGUGGACCAGGAGCACAAGAGACGCCCACAAAGGAGCAAGCCAUGGCCGCCCAGCGGAAGAAAUUCUACAAUUCCAGUGCUGGCCAGGACCCUCGACCGAACGGACAGCCGCAAUCCAAUGGCACAUUUUUCUCCAAUAUAUCACCGACGACCUCUGUCGCGCUCGCCGCGAUGAACAAAGCAGCCCGACUCAACUCGCCCAGACCGAGGCCUUCUACUACGCGGCGGCCCUCUUCGCAACAGGAUCCUGCUGGAAGUCAAUACAGCGACGUUGAUAGACUAGAAUCCGGAUACAACACCCAACCGAAUGGAGAACCGCCACGGAAGCGCAUGCGACACGACGAUCAAGACAUGGGCCCACCCGAGCUUCCCCUGGACGCCUCGAUGAGAUCCAUGACUCCGACCGAGCCAAAUGAGAGUUUCCUGUACGAGCACGCACUAAUGCAGGACUCAGUCAACAGCGCAGGCGAGCCCAUAGCUCUUCCACCACUACCGAAUCCGACCACUGAAGAGCAACAGGAAAAGAUGAACUUGAUCUUGGACCUUUUCGCCGAGCAGGGGCGCACUGACUACGCUUCGCAUCCUGCUCUUCAGCAGCUGACGAAUGAAGACUUCAACAUGCCCCUGGACGCUUCCGCGAACAACGCCUUACACUGGGCUGCCACCUUAGCCAAAGUGCCUCUGCUGAGAUUACUGAUACAGAAGGGUGCCAGCAUCUGGCGUGGCAAUGCCGCAGGACAGUCGCCAUUGAUAAGCGCGGUCCUCGUGAGCAAUUGCUGGGAGCACUCUUGCUUUCCGGAAGUCCUGGAACUCCUCGGCCCACUUAUUGAGGUUCGGGAUGUGCAAGGCCGUACCAUUCUGCAUCACAUCGCGGUGUCCUCUGGCAUCAAGGGACGCCAGCCUUGUAGUAAGUACUACCUCGAAGCACUCUUGGAGUUCCUGGUCAGAAUAGGCACUCAAUCGACAGCUCUCAACGCUGCCCAAGAGGCGUCGCAAGAGAGUUCGAGCCAAGAGGCGAGAGGGCCUGUCAGCCUCGUUCGGUUCCUGUCGCACAUUGUCAACGCCAGAGACAAAGCCGGCAAUACCGCGCUCAAUCUUGUCGCAAGGAUCGGGAACCGAAGCAUCAUUCAACAAUUGCUUGAAAUUCAUGCCGAUCCAAGUCUGCCCAAUAACAAGGGAGUUUGCGCGAAAGACUUUGGUGUGGACAUGGACGCAUCGAACAUGCAUCCGAGUCAAGUAUCAUCGGAUCCUGCUGCAGCGGAUGGCGACACGACAAACAAGCUGAGUCAAGCCGAGGAUUUGGGCCAGGACUUCGUUUCUUCUAUGACAUCCAUGUUUACGCAAAAUCUUGCCUCUCACAAAGAGCUUUUGCGAAACCGUGCUGAGCAAAUUGACCAAUUCAACGAGCAGAUCCGUGAGCUGAGCGCAAUACAACGGGAAGAAGUCGAGCAGCUACAUGAGCGGAAGGAGCGCGUGCGGCUUCGCGAGGAACGCCAGGUCAAGAUCGCUAAUUUACGGAGAGAGAUCGAGAAGAAGAAGGCUACCGCGAAGCGCACGACAAACCGCCGAAAUGGGAACAGGUCACCCUCGCAAGUCAAGAGAGAUGUCGUUCCAGGCUGGCUUAGCGAAGGUGCACAGAACGUCCUCUCCGCUGAGACUGAAGACGGACGACCCGAUCCGGAGCAGCGUCAUUUCCUGACGACCCAAGUCCCGCCCUCAAGAUCUCUGCAAGCCCGAAUCAACGCCUUCGCAAAGAGCAACGCCCAACUCGAACACCAAGCCGCACAACUCCGCUCACGAUCGACAGAGGUCCAAGCCAUGUACCGCAAGGUCGUCUCCAUGUGCACUGGCGUGCCGGAGCGCGACGUUGAACAGAGCCUACCAGCACUGGUGGCAGCAGUGGAGAGUGAGCAAGGCAGUCUCGGAAAGCAGGACGUUGGCCGCGUGCGCGACUUCCUGCGACGCGUCGAUGGAGGACGUGAUUCUAGUCAGCCGAAGCUAGAGAUCAAUCAUACGAUUAGUCAGGCGGCGCAGAGGGCGGCUGUGGCAGCUGCGCACGCGCAGGCUGGCAAAGACUGA